AUGCAAAAAAUUUCUAAAGAACCUCGUAUUCCAAGUUCUCCUAUUCCACCGCUUAGUUCAACAGUAAAACAAAUAGGAAGUGUAUCAUCAUUGACAGAACAGUUUGAAAUGAAUACACAUAAGCAGUGGGUUGAUGAUAGUAGUCCACGUUCAGCUGAUGGUAAUCGAUGGACUCCGAAGGGUGGUCCAAAAGCGCAAGAACUACCGCAAUUAUUGCCAACAGUAGAAUUCAAGACCACACCAUCGGGUGGAAAAUACAGAAAGAUUAACUAUGAAGUUGUCGAUGCUGAAAAACUGCCCAGAAGUGAUAUACAAGAAGUCAGUCCUACCUCACAGUACAAUUUUGAAAGGUCAAGAGAAGAAUCAACUGUAGAAACGUCAACUCAGAGACGAUUUGUUUCUCCCACACGUCAAAAAGAUCAAAUUACUGUCUAUGAAUAUGAUUCCGGAGAGAUCAGUCGUCGAACGGAAGAAAUGCCUGUAAAACGUUCUUCUUAUGAUCAAAGGAUCCUACAAAAAUCAGUACCAACUAGACGUGAGUGGUCAGAAGAAAGAAAAAGAGAAGUUUGGUCAUCCACAUCUAAAGGUGUAUGGCAUUAUCCAUCAAGCGGCGGGCAGCCUUCACCAACUACACCAAGUUUUGAGCAGUGGAGUCGAGAUGGAUCACGAUACCGUAGUGAUACCGCACAAGAAGAGAGAUCAAGCAUAGAUAUCGGAUCAGUUCCCUCAUCACGAGUUACAGUAAGACAGGAUCAAGAUGGACGCAUUUCGGCUUCUGGAACAUGGAAUACAAGACGUAAAGAUACUUCUUACUCAACAGCAUCUACUCUACAAAAAACUCGUGAACUUGAUGAGGAAAUCGUUGUAAGUAACGUAUUAUUUUCACGUAAACAAAAAUCUAGACUAUUCAGUCAAUAA